CACUCACAUUUCGGCAGUUUUAACCAUUCCCAACCCACAGCAAAAAGGCGCUCAACGUAAAAAGAAAAUCGAGCUGUUGAUUCUGAUUUGCUUUACCGUUGAAUGUGAAGUUAUACACUGAUGGCUUUUCUCAGGCCGUGGAGUCAUCCGGACACCUGCCUCUGUUCACCGGAAAUAGGCGCCAGACCGGACGAAGGGAGGGGCGGCGCUGCCGUUUGUGUUGAUCUUCUGUUUCGUACCAUCAUACUUCGGAAGCCAAUCCAUGGUGUGCUGCCUUAUCCAGUUUGGCUGCAACUUGUACUGAAGUCACCCGCAAUGACAGAAUUUGGGAAAACUGCAGAACAUAAUGAGGCGAUAGUGAAGUUCAACUGACUAUUUGGAAGGAAUAACCUUUGUAGGGUGAUGCAACAUGCUAUUUUCCACCUGCUACCCUUACUGAACUUGAUCUUCACAUCUGUGUGCAGUGCCAAAGGAGGUGUUAGAACUGUAGCAGAUGCUGGACUUAAUGGAAACGCUCCUCAACCACCCCCGUAUGACUUGAACCCACCACCUUACUCUGCGGUUUCCUCACAUUACCCCUCUCUACGUCAGAGAGAUGAAACAUAUACUUCUACUGGAUAUCAAACCAACUACCCAGCAUCUGCUCCAUAUCCACUAUAUCCAACAUACCCAACAGCACCGCAACUGCCAAAUGCUCAUCCACAAUAUGCUAGCUACCAGAAGUCACUUGCUGCUUCAUCAGUGGUUUAUGUCCCCCAGAAUACUGGUGCUGCAGUUUCUUCUCCAAUUUUGCCUUACUUUGUCAACCAGCAGCAUCCUAGUUCAAUUUGUGUUGUCAACCAGCAGCAACAUGGAGCAACCUAUGUUGUCAACCAGCAGCAACAUGGAGCAACCUAUGUUGUCAACCAGCAGCAACGUGGCACAACCUAUGUUGUCAACCAGCAGCAACGUGGUGCAACCUAUGUUGUCAACCAGCAGAAAAUUGCCCCAACAUAUGUCGCCAACCAGCAACAUCCUGCAGCACAGAUGGUUCUGAUUCAGUCUGGCAAUGCUGCAAGAGCAAAUCAUGUAAUCUCUGGUUAUCCAACAGCAACGGGAAGGCAAAUAACAAUUAGAACUGGAGGAAGUGGUGUGAUCAUACACAAGUAGAUGAAAAUGGAAUUAACAGCAGCAUAUAUAUAUGUGUGUGUGUGUAUAUAUAUAUAUAUAUAUAUAUAUAUAUAUACAGCUCUGCAAAGAAUAUUGCAUGUUUCUAUAAUAUAUACCUCAGACUUCAUUAUAAACUCCUGUACUUUCCCAGCUAACGAAUUCAUAGAUUAAAAUGCAAGACUUACUUCAAUUCUAUCUAAAGCAUAUAAUAUAAUAGAAAAAUUCUUUGAUCUUAAGGCUGCAACAUUAUUAUAAUGAAAAAUACAUGGAAAGUAUGAGAAAGUCUAAUAAUUGUUAGACCAUCUGAGGAACUGCUCUGUACCUCUAAUAAUCUGGAAUAUUGUAAUGAUGUUUCCUAGUUUGUAAAAUAUAUAACAUGUACAUCAAUAUCACAAAGCUGUUUGCAAUACAGAAUCUUCAAUAAAAAAAUACUUUUUUUUAUUAAGAAA